CACCAGCACCACCCCCGACGCCAUCACUGCCACCGCCGCCGCGUCCGCCUCCACCACCGCCACAAGAUGGCCCCCAUCACCCUCCCCCCGUCAUUCUACAACUCCUUCUGGUCCGCCGACUACAGACACGGCCUUCAGAAGCUGUUCGACAAUCUUGAGCAGGGAUGUCUCGAGAAUGAAGAUAUAACUGCUUUCGUAGAGUCCCAAGUACGCGCCCAUCAGAGCCUGGCUAAUGGUCUCCUCCACCCUCCGCCUUCGGUCAGCUCUCCCGACUCUGUAACCUCCCUCUCCCACUCUCUCCUCUCUCUCAAAGGUGCUUCGGUCGGCCGUGGCGAAGCCCAUCUCGGCCUUGCCCAAGAGCUCGAAGAGCGAGUCCUCUUGGCAUGGAAGGGCUGGGUCGAGAGGCACAGCGUGAGAAUCAAAGAGGCCAAGGGAGAUAUGCUUGGGAAAGGCGGUAUCAUUGCUGCUUGGGAAAAGGACGUGCAAAAGCUGGAAACCUUGAAAAAGGCAUACCUGACAAAGUCUCGCGCGGCAGAUGAUAGCGAAGACGACGCCAAGUUUGCCCCUGCGCCAGCCAACAAUGCCAUGUCCCCUCCGCUCGACAAUUACACAUCGUCCCCCAAGACGACCCCGUCCAAACUCUCUGGGGCCAACCUCCGCCGCGCUGGGACCGUCGCAGACCGGAUAUCCGAGAAGCUUCGUGCCGCGUCCGUCAGCAGCGGUUCCAGCGUCGCGCCGUCUUCGCCUUCUCGACACCACAAUACCUACUCGGUAGACGGCAAGGUCUUGCCGCCUCCUCCGAGCCCUCUCAAAACAGAAGAUUUGACUUCCAGUGGCGGUCCCGAGAGUCCUUCCAGUCCGCGAGAGGAAAGAUUCACGCCGCCAGUCCACCCUGAUGGCAAGCCUGCCGGUUCUGCUGCGGACAAUCACGUCUCUCAUGAUGACUCGAUCCUCCUCUCCGGCUUGUCCCUGACCCAGCAAGGGCUCAAAGACAUUCUCAAACAACUCGACCUCUACCUCCUGACCCACCCCGCGCCCAACGCCGAAUCUCCCCUGACCCCAUCUACAAAGUCCAACGCCGCCCUCGCCAGCCGUCAGCGCAGCACCUUCCUCGGUGUCUACGAAAAGACAUUCAGCGGCGCCGAGGUCGUCGAGUGGCUUACCAACACCGUCGAAGGCUUCGGGGGCGAGUGGGAUAGGUGCGAGGAUGCGGCGACGGAGCUGCACAAGAUGGGAUUUUUCAGCAGGAUCGGGGUUGGAAGAGGGUUUGAUGCAGGGGAUGACACGUACUUUAUCCUCAAGAUCAAUGGUCCGGAGACUACGUCCCAGCUCCCGCUCGGGAUCAACUCACCCCUCUCCCCCGCGGCAGCCACCAACGCCAUCCCCAGCCUGUUCAAGCAAUACCAAUCCUACCUUCCCGCCUCGCUUGCCAACAGCGACGAGCCGAUCCACGUGCGCCUCCGCCGCGAAGCCACCAAAGCGGACGAAGCGUACCGCGAGGGCGUGUGGAGUGCCGAGGACAAGCGUCUCGAGAUGGAAGAACGUAUCGAGCGCGGACUGCGUAUCUGGGAGCGCUGGGAACGCGAACGUCUCGCCGCAGUCAAGCAGGUCCUCAAAGAAUACGAACAUACCCUCGCCAAACUCCCUAGCCGUCUCGCCAAUAUCCAACAAUCCACCGCCCUUUCCGUCGAAGCGUUCAACCCCGACACUGACCUCAAAGCGCUCAUUGAGGGUAACCGCACAGGACCGUUCAGGCCACAGGCGUAUGUCUAUGAGAGUUUGGAGAGUGAUUUGCCGGAUGUCAAUUUUGGGAUCGAUCUGAGGAGGUGGAGUGGGGAGCGGGGGUGGAAGAGUUUGGUGGGGGCGAGUACGAAGAGGAGUAAGGGCGCGAUUCCAGAGGUGCUGGAGGCGAUGUUGAGGGCGUUGAACGAGAUGUACGAGGACCUCUCUGAAGAAGAACGCCGUCGAGGAUGGAUUUACGAAGUCCCUCUGACCGAAACGCACAUGCUUCGCAAUGCCAUCAACAAUCCUCAGAUCGCCAUCGAUGAUAUCGUCAGCAUUGUGAAAAAGUUUAACGUGCCAGUGGCAGCGGGGACGGUCAAGCUAUUCUUGUUGGAACUGAACCCGCCGGUGAUGGGUUGGGAAGGAUGGGAGGAUGCAAAGGCGGUCUACCCUGCUAUUGGCGCGGAUCAGGAGGUGGACAUGACUAGUGGGGUGUCGAGUGUCUUGGGCAGGCUACCGGCGUCGCAUGUGUAUGCUCUGAAUGCUGUCAUCAAGCAUUUUAGAGAUCUUGUGGAUAACACAAAGUCGAACGAGCCCAAUGAGGUUUACGUGACCAAGUUGGCAUUGAGUGUUGGAAGGACCAUCCUCCGACCUCAACACGAAUCCCACCUCACUAUCGGCGACCGCACCCCCUCACUCUUCCUCGCCGACCUCAUCAACCACUACCCCGCCCUCUUCCCUCCCCUGCUGCACAAACUCAAAACCGAAUCCGCCGAGCGCCCGAUGCCCGUCAAGAAACGCACAGCGCUCGUGGACCAGCGCAUCUCGAGGAGCAGCUUGGGGAGCGACCAGGAUCCGGGGCAUUUGAUGGAGUUGCAGAGGGCGCAGAUGAGGUCUGUGAGCCCGGCGCCGGGGGCGGGGGCGGGGGCAGGGGCGGGGGCAAGGCCGAAAGAUCUGCCGCCGGUGCAUAUCCCUGCGGUGCAAGCGGGUUCGCCGUUCUCGGUACCUGCGCCUCCGCCCAAGCCUGAACCGAGCACGCCGACGCCGCCGCUGUCCAGUAAGCCUGCUGCCAACCCUGUAUCGGCGCUGGGCCUCGGGACGCCUAUUGCGGCUAAGCAAAAGCAGGGACCUGCGGCGGCGGAUAGCGAUGAGGAUGAGCCGCUUGUGCCGCCGAGCUUUAAUAAAGGUAAAGCCCCUGCGGCCAAGCUUCCUCUUGGUGCUCGACGCGGUACGCAUGAUGGAGAGGAAAAGCCAUUCGUCCCUCCCGUGGUCCCUUCUGCUGAAAAGGCGCCUGUACGAGCUGCUGCUCAGCGCGCGUCUAGGGGUAGUGAUGAGGAUGAGCCAUUCGUCCCUCCUGUGACUACCAAAGCACCUGCUCAGCGUGUCCCUGUUCAGCGUGAUGCCCAGGGGAGCGACGAAGAUGAGCCAUUCGUCCCUCCUGUGACUACCAAAGCGCCUGCUCAGCGCGUCCCUGUUCAGCGUGAUGCCCAGGGGAGCGAUGAAGAUGAACCAUUCAUCCCGCCCGUCCCGGCCCAAGCUGCCAAACCCUCCAUCUCUUCCCGAACCCCCGUCCGUCCCACGGCACAGGAAAGCGACGAAGACGAACCCUUCAUCCCUCCUACCGUGGCCACCCAAGCUCCUACGCCCCAGCGCAUCUCGACGCAUUCCGCGAGGUCUGGUAGUCGCGAUACCUCCCGCGCGGCGAGUCCUGCGCCUCUUUCAGCCGUAUCGGGGGUGUCAAAGACAGAGGACGAUGGUGUGCAGGGCGGUACGCUGAAGAGAGGUGCUUCGAGCGAUACGUCCAGGCUGCGAGGGCCGAGGGCUGCUCGAGGACCAAGGCCGGCACCGGGGUCGGGGUCGAUCUCGUCGAAGGGCGGCGGGGAGAGGCCGGAGAGUCCUGCGGGGGUGACGAGUCCGAUAGGAGAGGGCGCGGCGGGGUUGAGGAAGGUUGGGACGAGGCCGUUGAGUGGGGCGGGGAGUAGGCCGGGGACGCCGGGGACUCCUGGGGCUGGGGAGAGGCCUACAAGCAAGUAUGGGCAUAGCACGAGAAGCUCUGUGAGCGCUGCUAUCGCCAAGUUUGAACAAAAGUAAGGAAUGCCUGGGGUUGGACUUGAGGGGUUUGUGAGAUCGUGAAAUACAUGUUUGCAGGGUCUUACUUUUGGAGAAUGCUUUCACGAUUUACUUUACAUGUGUCUAUUUUGUAUGCAAGGGGCGUCUUUCUCGGUCUCUCUGGCUCUCUGCUUUUCGAGUGGCUGUGGCGAAGCGCGACAUUCCCAUAGCACGAAAGCCAAGCACGAUAUGAGCCCCAGGACAUGCCGCUGCGCUCGCGGCAUACGGCUAGG